AUGGCUUACUCGAAAGUGAGAAAGACGGACUGGUGGAAUAAAGCGAAGUACUGUGGCCCCAUCAUCGAAGCUUACGUACUAGAGCACUAUGAGCCUGCUGGACAGCUCUCUAGCAUGCUUGUGGACGAGUCGCAAAUACCAACCGAGGAACGAAUUCCUCGGGUGACUGCGGCAUUCUGGAAAUAUCAGGGCGGAGCGGUUAGAUCGCUUAUGCACAUCGUCGCACUGCAUGGUAUUCGAUACUCGAACGAGAUCGUCAUUGCUGGGGAUGGCUUCCAACUUCGUCUAGUUGACCUAUACAGCGCUCCCACUCUUUACGUGAGAACUCCGAUUUCGGAACAAGAAGAGUGGUUCACCUUCAUCAAUGACCACCCGUUCUAUUCGGAGUUUGCAGGCUUGCUAGGCUCCCUCGGUGCUGCUCCUUCGGAAGCUGUAAAAAAGGCCAGAAGCGAAGAACAGGGCUUUGUAGCUCCCUCGGACGGAAUCCUGUCAUCGUACGAGGAUGCAUGCAAGACCUACGAGUUCACGUGGAGAAUUCGAGAUGAGAGCGAGAAGUCAAGUCAGCAGUUACGCGAAAAGUGA